AUGGUUGACUGGGUGAGUCUCGCGAUACCGUUUGCCUACCUGGGCAUUCUGAUCGGUUCGCUCGCGAUAUUCUCGUCGCUGUAUCGCAAACGGAAAGCUGUCAAAGCCCUAUCCUUCGAGCCAUGGUUCCCCUCACACCUCCAACGCGACAUUUACUUUUCACUACUCCACAUCGAACCCCCUUCUUCAUCAGGCGGAAAAGAUAAAAAAGCACCCGCUGUGCCCGAGACGGUCCUCAAAGCCGCACUCUUGCGUCGGGCCGGCGAGGAUAUUAAGCGUGUCAUGGCGAUCCGAGACCAGAAACAGGCUCUGUCCUUGUUGCUGCAGCGAGGCAGCGUCGGCGAUGAUCUGUGGCAGCGCUUUCAACGUGCGGAGAAGGAGAUGGAGGAUGAAGUGCGGGAUGUUGUUCAAGAGGCAAACGCCUACUACCCAAACUGGGGCCAGAUAAUCUUCCAGUCCGCUCGCGAGAUGGACCAAAACGCGCUGUUCAGACAACGCAUCGAUGAUUAUCAGAGCAAGGCAGAGGAGGAGCGACAAUGGUGGGAUCGCAAAAAGGAGAGUAUUCAGGAAGGGUUUAUGAAGGAGUUGGAUGAGGAGAAGAAUGCAUCUGCUACUUCUACUUCUGCUACCGCUACCGCUACCGCUACUACUACUACCAAGAGUUUUGAACCCGCCGCUACGACGACUACUACUACCGGUGUGAGUGACGAUGAUGGGGUUUUGGUCGAGUCUGAGAUACCGAGUGUGUCGAGCGGGACGAACAGUGUGAAGAAGAAGAAAAAGGGGAAGAAAUGA